CUCUUUGUGUUAAUGAGAAAGUGACAGCGAGGCUCCGAUGUUGGACAGGGCAGUAUCACAGGGCAGCCGGGGGCUUAACGCUGGGGUUACCGCUAUCAUUGGCAAACUGUAACACAAAGGAUUUCAACGUGUGGCGAACUGUAGCGGCGUGCACCCAGCAACGUCAAUUUAGCGCCCGGCUGCAGGCUCCACAGGCUGCGCUGUACCAACCAGCAGCAUGUCAGCGAGUGAGGAUGACAGGGAGGACACCGCACCGUUCCCGGACCGGUCGGUGGUACCAGAUGAGGAAGACGAGGAGGAUGAAGAUGAAGACGUAGUUUAUGAGGAGGAAACGAUUUCACAGAGGAGAAAGAAGAAUGCAAAGAAAAGCCGUGAGACUGUCACUGGCAAGAGACUGAGGCCCCGCAAAGAGGAUCUGGUUAGCAGCUCUGCGGAGGAAGCGCCGGCCGUUGGUGGGGGGCAGAGGGGUGGAGAGAGUGGGGAGGGGGCUGUGGGCUCUGAGACAGAGGGAAGCGACUACACUCCAGGCAAGAAGAGGAGGAGGAGAGGGAGCAUUGUGAAAAGGAGGGGGACAAAUGGAGAGAAGGAUAAAGCGACUACAGGGACCAAUGGAGGAAAAGGGAAAAAGAAAGAGCCUGAAGAGGAAGAAGAGGAUGAGGAAGAGGAGGAUGACGAUGAAGACAGCCAGGAGCCCAAAUCAUCCUCCCAGCUGCUGGACCAGUGGGGCAUGGAGGACAUCGAUCAUGUGUUCACCCAGGAGGACUACCGCACACUCACCAACUACAAGGCCUUUAGCCAGUUCAUCAGACCCCUCAUUGCAGCUAAAAACCCCAAGAUUGCCGUGUCCAAGAUGAUGAUGGUGCUCGGGGCAAAAUGGCGCGAGUUCAGCACCAACAGUCCCCUGCGUGGAUCAGCCACCGGGGUCGCAGUGCCCAACACCGGCCUGCAGGGGGAGCCUUCGGCACGAGUUACUGUGGGUGAAUCCACUGCUCCCCCCACCACUCCGACUGCUCCUCCUCCUCCUGUGCCAGUCAUACGCAAGGCCAAGACUAAGGAAGGAAAAGGGCCGAAUGCGCGUAAGAAGGUCAAGUCCCAGGAGAAGAAGGGAAAGGCCAAGAAGGUGGCUUCUGCCAAGAUCAAAGCGGGCUCUGUCGGCAGCAAGAGGAAACGCUCUUCUAGCGAGGACGAUGAUGAGAGUGACGCCGACAACGGCGGCUCUGUGGGCGUGUCCGUGACGGAGGGGUCUAGCAGGAGCAGCAGCCGCUUGAAGAAAAAUCCCAAGAGCGGCAAGAAGAAAAAGAAAGCAGAAGACGAUGCCGAGGGCUACGAGACGGACCAUCAGGACUAUUGUGAGGUUUGCCAGCAGGGCGGCGAGAUCAUCCUGUGCGACACCUGCCCCCGUGCAUACCACAUGGUGUGUCUGGAUCCUGAAAUGGAGAAAGCCCCUGAGGGAACCUGGAGCUGCCCCCACUGUGAGAAAGAGGGCGUGCAGUGGGAGGCCCGGGAGGAUGGCUCGGACGCCUCCGAGGACCCGGAGCCCCAGGAGGACGACAACCACAUGGAGUUCUGCCGGGUGUGCAAAGAUGGCGGCGAGCUGCUGUGCUGUGACUCAUGUCCCUCGUCGUACCACCUUCGCUGCCUCAACCCGCCCCUGGCCAGCAUCCCUGACGGCGAGUGGGUCUGCCCUCGAUGCAAGUGUCCACCUCUGAAGGGAAAAGUCCAAAAGAUCCUAACGUGGCGCUGGAGUGAUCCACCGGCCCAUAAGCCUGUUCCCCGCCCCUCCAAUCUCCCAGCUGAUGCCCCUGACCCUUUGCUCCCAGCCAGUCGGCCCGAGAGGGAGUUUUUUGUCAAAUGGAGCAACAUGUCUUACUGGCACUGCUCAUGGGUGUCAGAGCUACAGCUUGAGAUCUACUGUCAGAUGAUGAUCCGGAUGUACCAGCGCAAGAAUGACAUGGAAGAACCCCCGGCUGUGGACUUUGGUGGUGAUGGGGAUGAGGAGAAGAGCAUGAAAAGGAAGAACAAAGACCCUCACUUUGCCAAGAUGGAGGAAAAGUUCUUCCGGUUUGGCAUCAAAAUGGAAUGGAUGGUGAUCCAUCGCAUCCUCAAUCACAGGAUAGAUAAGAAGAACAACAUCAAUUACCUGAUAAAGUGGAAGGACUUGCCCUAUGACCAGGCUACAUGGGAGAUGGAGAACAUCGAUAUUCCUGAUUUCGAUACGUACAAGCAGCAGUACUGGAACCACAGGGAGCUGAUGCUCGGUGACGACGGCAGGCCGGCGAAGCUGAAGCUGAAGGGGAAAAUGCGGCAGUCUGAGCGGCCACCCAAGAGCCCCGCCCUGGACCCCACCGUGAAGUUCGAGCAGCAGCCAGAGUACCUGGACCGGACCGGGGGCACGCUGCACCCCUACCAGCUGGAGGGGCUGAACUGGCUGCGCUUCUCCUGGGCCCAGGGCACUGACACCAUCCUGGCGGAUGAGAUGGGGCUGGGCAAGACCAUCCAGACCGUCGUCUUCCUCUAUUCUCUCUACAAAGAGGGUCACUCAAAGGGGCCAUUCCUGGUGAGCGCCCCUCUCUCUACCGUCAUCAACUGGGAGCGUGAGUUCGAGCUCUGGGCUCCUGACAUGUAUGUGGUCACCUACGUGGGCGAUAAAGACAGCCGUGCCGUGAUUCGUGAGAACGAGUUCACUUUUGACGACAACGCCAUCAGGGGCGGGAAGAAGGCCUCCAAAAUGAAGAAAGAGGCGUCUGUGAAGUUCCACGUUCUUCUGACAUCCUAUGAGCUCAUCACCAUUGACAUUGCAAGUCUGGGCUCCAUCAGCUGGGCGUGUCUGGUGGUGGACGAGGCUCACCGGCUGAAGAACAACCAGUCCAAAUUCUUCAGGCUGCUCAGUAACUAUUCCCUGAAGUACAAGCUGCUACUGACGGGAACCCCUCUGCAGAACAACCUGGACGAGCUCUUCCACCUGCUGAACUUCCUGACCCCUGAACGAUUCAGUAACUUAGAGGGCUUCCUGGAGGAGUUUGCAGAUAUCGCCAAGGAGGACCAGAUAAAAAAGCUGCACGAUCUGUUGGGACCACACAUGCUGCGCAGACUGAAAGCUGACGUCUUCAAGCACAUGCCGGCCAAAACGGAGCUCAUUGUUCGUGUGGAGCUGAGUCCCAUGCAGAAGAAGUACUACAAAUUCAUCCUCACGCGUAAUUUUGGGGCCCUGAACACUCGUGGAGGAGGAAACCAGGUGUCCCUUCUCAACGUGAUGAUGGACCUUAAGAAGUGCUGCAACCAUCCUUAUCUCUUCCCUAAAGCAGCCAUGGAAGCACCCAAGAUGCUUAAUGGAAUGUAUGAAGGUGGCUCCCUGACCAAAGCAUCCGGGAAACUGCUACUGCUGCAGAAGAUGCUGAAGAAGCUGAAGGAAGGUGACCAUAGGGUGCUGAUCUUCUCACAGAUGACUAAGAUGCUGGAUCUACUGGAAGACUUCCUGGAGAAUGACGGCUACAAAUAUGAGAGACUUGAUGGGAGCAUCACUGGAACCAUGAGACAAGAGGCCAUUGAUAGGUUCAACGCUCCUGGAGCUCAACAGUUUGUCUUUCUGCUGUCAACAAGGGCUGGCGGUUUGGGUAUAAACCUCGCCACGGCUGACACGGUCAUCAUUUAUGACUCUGACUGGAAUCCACACAACGACAUUCAGGCCUUCAGCCGUGCUCACCGCAUUGGUCAGAACAAGAAGGUCAUGAUUUACCGCUUUGUGACUAAAGCCUCCGUGGAGGAGAGGGUCACUCAGGUAGCAAAGAAGAAGAUGAUGUUGACCCACUUGGUUGUGCGUCCUGGGCUGGGCUCGAAGACCGGCUCCAUGUCCAAGCAGGAGUUGGACGACAUCCUCAAAUUUGGCACUGAGGAGCUUUUCAAAGAUGAAAAUGGAGAAGGAGAGAACAAGGAGGAUGACAGCAGUGUAAUCCACUAUGACGACAAGGCGAUUGAGCGCCUGCUGGAUCGCAACCAGGAUGCCACGGACGACACUGAGAUCCAGAGCAUGAAUGACUAUUUGAGCUCUUUCAAGGUGGCCCAGUAUGUGGUGAAGGAUGAGAAGGACACAGACGAGGAGGUGCAGCAGGAGCUGGCCCGGCUGGAGGAGAACGCCGAGCCGGACUACUGGGAAAAGCUGCUGAGACAUCACUACGAGCACUACCAGGAGGACCUGGCGCGCCACCUGGGCAAGGGCAAGCGCAAGCGCAAGCAGGUCAACUACAGCGAUGGGGCACAGGAUGACCGAGACUGGCAGGACGACCAGUCGGACUAUCAGUCCGAUUAUUCUGUGGCUUCAGAGGAGGGAGAUGAGGACUUUGAUGAGCGUUCAGAAGUGAGCUCCCGCCGGCCCAACAGGAAAGGCCUGAGGAAUGAGAAGGAGAAGUCCCUGUCUCCCCUGAUGGCCCGAGUGGGCGGCAAUGUCGAGGUGUUGGGCUUUAACGCCCGCCAGAGGAAGGCCUUCCUGAAUGCAGUGAUGCGUUAUGGGAUGCCCCCCCAGAAUGCCUUCACUGCGCAGUGGGUAGUCAGGGACCUGCGUGGGAAAUCUGAUGAGGAGUUCAAGGCCUACGUUGCCCUCUUCAUGCGGCACCUCUGUGAGCCCAUCGCUGAGCGAGUAGAGACCUUCGCCGAUGGCGUCCCUCGAGAGGGCCUGUCACGGCAGCACGUGCUGACGCGCAUCGGCGUGAUGUCCCUCAUCCGCAGGAAGGUGCAGGAGUUUGAGCACACAAACGGUCAGUGGUCCAUGCCCGGGAUGCUGGAGCAUGAGGAGAGCAGGAAGGCGGCGCAUUCAGACCCUCCUGGGAACCCGAAGACGGCCUCCUCUGGAACGCCGGCGAAGACCCAGGCCAGCACUGCCCCUACAGAUGAGCCUCCCAAACCGUCGGAUAGUGAGAAGGAGCCGCUGGAGGGACAUGGGAAGCCUGAGGCGGGGGCUGGGAGGGAGAGCAAAGAGGCACGGAUGGAGGAGCCCGAGGUCAUAACAGUUCCUGAUGAGACCAAAUCAGCCGCGUCUUCCGGAAAGGACAAGGAUCGCCAGGGGGAGGAAGCGGGCUCAGCCACAGAAAAGAAAAGUGAAAGAGAUGAGGAUCAGGGGCUGGAGGACACGGAGAAGAAAAGGGAGUCCUCAGACGCGAAGUCAGACGGGCCCAGCGCCAAAACGGAGGAGUCAGAGAUGAAAGGUCCAUCAGCAGACAGCAAGAAGGCGGCCAAACCUGAAAAAGACAGCCAGGCUCAGGCUGAUGACAGAGAUCCAAAGGAUGUGAAAGAUCGGGGCGUCCUGGAGGGAGCCUCGAAGCUACAGAACGGAGGGACGUUUAAAGAGGGAGCGACGAGUGCAAGCGAGGAGAAGAAGCCAGUGAAACACAAAUUCAUGUUCAACAUUGCAGAUGGAGGCUUCACAGAGCUCCACGCGCUGUGGCAGAAUGAGGAGAGGGCCGCCACCGUCACCAAGAAGACCAAUGAGAUCUGGCACCGGCGGCACGACUACUGGCUACUGGCGGGCAUCAUACAACAUGGUUAUGCCCGCUGGCAGGAUAUCCAGGGUGAUGCCAGGUACACCAUCCUCAACGAGCCCUUCAAGGGUGAGCUGAACCGGGCCAACUUCAUGGAGGUUAAGAACAGAUUUCUGGCCCGCAGGUUCAAGCUCCUGGAGCAGGCGCUGGUGAUCGAGGAGCAGCUCCGCAGAGCCGCCUUCCUGAACUUGUCUGAGGGUCCUUCCCAGUUCCCCACAGGCCUCAGCUCACGUUUCAGCGAGCCCGAACACCCCACAGAGUCCCACCAGCACCACAAAGAGUCUGGCUCUGUCAGCAAGUCCUCCAGCGCUGUCCUGCAUAAAGGUCAUUCUUCUACAGCCACUGAAAAAUCUGGGAAAAAUGGAGGCAACCUAGGAAAAGUGCUGAGGCAGCUGGAGGAGUUACUUAGCGACAUGAAGGCAGAUGUCACCCGUCUCCCGGCAACCAUCGCCCGGAUAUCCCCCGCCGCCGCCAGGACAUCGGUGUCAGACAAACAUUCGGAGGCGGCCGGGUCCUGACGUGUGAGUCUGAUGGUGCGAUAUGUCAGCAGGACGUGGUGCGGCCUGUUCUCCCCUCCCCCUACUCUACCUCUGCCCUCCUGAUUGGCUGCUGACUGAUGAUGUCACAGCCAGCUCCUAGAAGCCGCGUCCCUUCUGUAGGCAGUGAUUCUGUAGGCCAUUUUAGUGACAAUGGAAUAUUAAAGCAAUUUUUAUUUAUUAAA